AUGAGAAAUGUGAAUGGUUUGACAUUUUUGUGCAGUAUGGCUGCUGCAAAUGCUGGACAGAUUAACCAUGCGCAGCCUGGCCCCAUUGACACGUCAGUGUUGACGUUGCAGCCCAACCAUCGAUCAGAAGCCAUUUGGAAUGGGCAGGAUCCAGGGUCCCUUAAAUGUCGUGCCCGUAGUGAAGAGUUCUCGAAUCGAGAGCCAAUGGUGGAUGAUCGAGUGAUUGACAUCAUUAAGGCACUUGGUUUGGAGGGACUUCUCAGGACUCCGGGUAGAGAGAUUGAUCAUGGCCUGAUAACGGCCUUAGUGGAGCGAUGGCGGCCCGAGACUCACACAUUCCACAUGCCGCAUGGUGAGGUCACCAUCACAUUGCAGGAUGUGGAGGUUCUGCUUGGACUUCCUGUUGAUGGUGACGCUAUAACAGGGAGCACACAAAAAAUAUGGGAGACUGUGUGCGAUGAGUACCUUGGCUUUCGACCUGCCAAUGAAGACCAUCUGGAAUGUAGUGGCCAGAGGAUUCUCAUCAAACGGCUUUUGGAGCAAGUUGCCCAUCCACUGCCGCCUAAUGCUGAAGACGAUGAAGUGCAUAGGUACGCACGAUGCUACAUCCUAGCACUAUUGGGGGACACAAUCUUCAUGGACAAAUCCGGUGAUAGGGUGCAUCUAAUGUGGGUGCAGCAGUUGGAAGACCUUCGCAACCCACGAAGGUAUAGUUGGGGAAGUGCUUGCCUUGCAUGGCUGUACCGACAGUUAUGCAAGGCAAGUGAUAAGAAAGCCAGUCAGAUUGGUGGGUGUUUAUUGUUGGUCCAGUAUUGGGCGUGGGCCAGAUUCCCCUUUUUGUGCCCGGCAGUUGAGCGUGGCCCACCAGUGGGUGCUUAUGGUCCUCCAGUGCGUGGUCCACUGUCCCUUAAGUAAGUCUGUACCUUAGUAACUUCAUUUACAAUAUGUGAUCAUUACCUAAGCUUACAAUCAUGUAACUUAAAAUUUAAAUUUUUAUUUUUAUUUAAAAGGGUUGUACGAAUCAUUUAUGUCAACAUUUAAAAAUGUUAA